AGCAGUCUAUCCAUCAAGUCGUAUUUCUUUUUGGACUCGCACUCGUUUCUCUUCCUCUUCCUCUUCCUCUUCCUCUUCUUCUUUCUCAUCUUCACAUUCUUUACACAAGCGAUCUACCUUACGGACUAUUUAGUAUCCAGUCUCCACGCCCACCGUCGCUAUCUAAUCGAUAAGCAUUAAUUCACCUCCAGAAUGCGUGUUACUGCCCUCCUCGUCGUGGCCUUGUCGGCUUUCGUCGCCGCUGAGUCCAGUGCUGCCGCUGCCGCUGGCAACCCGGAGACCAGCUACCUUACCGAAACCAACGCUGACGGCGCCGUGACUGGCCAGCCUUCUGUUGUGACCAGCGAGCCUGCCGUGGUGACCAGCCAGCCGGCCGUUGUGACCAGUGAACCGGCCGUUGCCUCGACCCCGGCCGGUGUGACCAGCGCCAUUGUGCCCCCGAACAGCUCCGCCUCGGUCGCUUCCUCUUCCCUCACGACCGUCGUCUCAUCGGCCACCAAGACUACCAAGACCACCAAGUCUGGUGCUUCCUCGACAGGCACCUCAGGCUCCAGCUCAACCUCGGGCUCCUCUGCCUCCGGCAGCAGCAGCGCUUCGGCCGCUUCCUCUUCCUCCACCGGUAGCGCCGCCAUGGCUACUGUCGGGCCUUUGGGUCUGGGGCUGGGUCUUGCGGGCGCCGCUGUCGUCGCUUUCCUGUAAAACAGGGGGUGUGGGAAGAGGGACAGUUGAAUUGUGCUGUCAGUAACACUGGUAUGUCGAAGUCGUUCUGAUCUCUCGUCACACUGGCUUUCUGAUCGGCCGAUCAACUGUCAUUGAGAUGAACACGAUACGAAGAUUAUGGAACCGGCAUUUUAAU